AUGUCGAGCCCGGGCGUCGACGGCGACCCCAAGCCUCCAUGCUUGCCUCGCAAUGGCCUGGUGAAGCUGCCAGGCCAGCCCAAUGGCCUGGGCGCAGCCAGCAUCACCAAGGGCACGCCAGCUGCCAAGAACCGCCCUUGCCAGCCACCCCCGCCCACCCUCCCACCACCCAGCCUGGCUGCCCCACCGCCCCGGGCUGCUCUGGCCGGGGGCCUGUGCCCCCAGGCAGGGCUCCCCCUUGGUGGACCAGCCUUAGCCCCAGUGCCUGGGCCCCCAGCAGAGCGACCGCCCCUGGCCACAGAUGAGAAGAUCCUCAAUGGCCUCUUCUGGUACUUCUCGGCCUGCGAGAAGUGUGUGCUGGCACAGGUGUGCAAGGCCUGGAGGCGUGUGCUCUACCAGCCCAAGUUCUGGGCGGGCCUCACGCCUGUGCUGCACGCCAAGGAGCUCUACACAGUGCUGCCUGGAGGUGAGAAGGAGUUCGUGAACCUGCAGGGCUUUGCAGCACGUGGCUUUGAGGGUUUCUGCCUGGUCGGCGUCUCUGACUUGGACAUCUGUGAGUUCAUUGACAACUACGCGCUCUCCAAGAAGGGUGUCAAGGCCAUGAGCCUCAAGCGUUCCACCAUCACUGACGCCGGCCUGGAGGUGAUGCUGGAGCAGAUGCAGGGUGUGGUGCGCCUGGAGCUGUCAGGUUGCAACGACUUCACCGAGGCUGGGCUGUGGUCCAGCCUGAGUGCGCGGAUCACCUCGCUGAGCGUGAGCGACUGCAUCAACGUGGCUGACGACGCCAUCGCGGCCAUCUCGCAGCUGCUGCCCAACCUGGCUGAGCUGAGCUUGCAGGCCUACCACGUGACGGACACAGCCCUGGCCUACUUCACAGCGCGCCAGGGCCACAGCACGCACACGCUGCGCCUGCUCUCCUGCUGGGAGAUCACCAACCACGGCGUGGUCAACGUGGUGCAUAGCCUGCCCAACCUCACUGCGCUCAGCCUCUCUGGCUGCUCCAAGGUCACGGACGACGGCGUGGAGCUCGUGGCAGAGAACCUGCGGAAGCUCCGCAGCCUCGACCUCUCCUGGUGCCCACGCAUCACUGACAUGGCGCUCGAGUAUGUGGCCUGCGACCUGCAUCGCCUGGAGGAGCUCGUGCUGGACAGGUGUGUACGCAUCACGGACACUGGCCUCAGCUAUUUGUCCACCAUGUCGUCCCUCCGCAGCCUCUACCUGCGAUGGUGCUGCCAGGUGCAGGACUUCGGGCUGAAGCACCUCCUGGCCAUGAGGAGUCUGCGUCUCUUGUCUCUGGCAGGCUGCCCGCUGCUGACCGCCACCGGGCUGUCGGGCCUGGUGCAGCUGCAGGACCUGGAGGAGCUGGAGCUGACCAACUGCCCCGGAGCCACCCCCGAGCUCUUCAAGUACUUCUCGCAGCACCUGCCCCGCUGCCUCGUCGUCGAGUAG